AUGGCCACAGAAGAGACCUCAGGCCUUUUAAACUUUCUCUCCAAACUUGGACUGGAGAAAUUCUAUCCCAACAAACUCACUCUUCGGUCUCUCUUGGAGAUCAACAAAAACAGCAUAUCUGAUGGAACUGUUCAAUCGGUGGAUGAAAUACCAUGGUGCUUUCUCAGAAAACUACUUAAAGUCAAUGCUGAAUGUAGGAACUGUGCACAAUUACCAAAAAAAGAUGGUGAUGAUAAGGAGGAGGAGGAGGAGGAGGAGGAGGAAAACAAUGAUCUGCUUGACUUUGACAAGUACACUGGAGAUGAAGAAAAUAAGGUUAACCCUCUUGACCUCAUAGUUGCACUCUUCCUUUGUGCUGACAGCUUCUUGCAACAGGAAAUGGCCCUCAAGAUGUCAAUGUGCCAGUUUCCUGUCCCACUGCUGAUGCCCCAUGGUAAUAAGAAUCAGUGUACUCUGAUGUUGUGGGCUCUGAGAGAGAUCGUCAAAGAGUGGCGGCCACAUGAUUUGUCUGAAUCAAAAGGGUUUGUUGAAGACAACAUUGUCCAAGCAGAUAUACCGUUCUAUUCCUUUGUAAGACUGAAGAACUGCAGUUUAUCCAAGUCCCAGGUCUUAAAUCAUGUUCUCAGCCUUGGCCAGUACAACAACAAUAUAUUCACACACAGAGAUAUGAAAGGAGGAGCACCUGAAAGGAAAAUUGCAAAUGGACUGGUGGAGGUUUCUUGGUACCUUCCUAGUGGCACAGAAAAUAUUGACAUAUUUCCAAAACCAAUUGCCUUUGCCAAUCUGAGAGGAGACAUUGGUCAAUCGCUUCCACAGUUCAGUUUUCUUUUUCAAGUGUCUACUGCUACAUUUGUGUUUCUGGACAGAGUUGAAGAAGCUGAGCACAGGAUUCUGACUUCUCUUCAAGAUGUGAGAUCAAAACUGUUCUUGGUUGUUAACCGCAAGGCAGAGAACGGUAGAGAGGACAUGAUGUCCGUCAAGACAAUGCUGGGUGAAUUAGAUUUACCAAAGGCCAGUGUCAAAAUCAAGGAUUCAAGGGUUAAUGUUGCAAGAUUUUCAGAGAAACUUUGUACAGCCAUCAAGAAAUCAACAACAGUUUUAACAAACACAAAAACCAUUGAAAAUAUGGUUGACAAAGUUGUUGACCUUGGUUUCUCUGUGGAUGAGAGCAAUUGUGACGACCAAAAGAAAGCUGCUAUGGGGAUCAUGAAAGGAAUUGGGGUGCGGAGUAUAUCAGACUACAGGAGCAAACAGCUUCCUUUGCAAGGUAUUAACUGGAAAAGGUUAUCACAAUUAGAAAUGGAAGAAUGUAGGCUAAAACAAGCUGGUCAUCAAGAACUGGAAGAAUAUAAAUCUCAUCUACAGGAAGAGAAACAGCAGAUUAAGGAAAAGCUUGGCAAACACAAACUGUCCAGAGAUAUGAAGACUUUCAUUCAACACUUAUCCGAAAGUGACAAAGAAAAAAGAGAUCUUUUUCUGAAGUGGAUGAAGCUUAAGCUUAAUAAACGUUCGCGGUCUGUCAUUCAACUAUCUUUAAUGCGUAAUAAAUUGACAGAGCACUGCAACAAAAAGGAUAAGGAUGUGCAAAUCACUUCGGAGUUAGACCAAGCUUUGCUGGACAGUUCUUUAGGAAUAGAGCAUUACAUGAGAGAGAUGGGACUGAUCUAUGAGGUUUCCUUGCAAGAUACUGCAGAUGAAAUAUCUCGUCUCCCUGGUUUGGCUGCUGAAAUGUUGUUGGAUGGAUAUCCUUUAGAGCUCUUGGAUGGAGAUGCUUCCAACAUCCCAGAGAGGUGGGUGACAGAUGUGCUGACUGAGCUUCACAACAAGGUCGGACAGAAGAGCAGACUGUUGGUACUGACUGUGUUGGGUGUUCAAAGUACUGGGAAAUCAACACUCCUCAACACAAUGUUUGGUGUGCAGUUUCCUGUCAGCAGCGGCAGAUGCACAAGAGGAGCUUUUAUGCUCUUCCUCAAAGUUGGAGAGGAUAUGCAAAGCGAUAUGAACUGUGACUUUAUAGUUCUCAUUGACACAGAGGGUCUAAAGUCGCCUCAUUUGGCACAAUUAGAGGACAGUUAUGAGCAUGACAACCAGCUGGCAACCUUUGUCAUUGGUUUAAGUGAUGUCACCAUUAUCAACAUUGCAAUGGAAAACUCGACCGAGAUGAAAGAUGUCCUGCAAAUUGCAACUCACGCAUUCUUGAGAAUGAAGCAAAUUGGUAAAAAGCCAGUUUGUCAUUUUGUUCACCAAAAUGUUGGUGGAGUUUCAGCUCAUACAAAAACCAUGACUGAAAGAAAACAUCUCUUAGACCAACUCAAUGAAAUGACUCAACUUGCAGCUGAAAUGGAAAAGCAGCCUGGUAUUAAAGCAUUCACAAAUGUGCUGGAAUAUGACAUAGAUAAAAACAACUGGAACAUCCCAGGACUCUGGCAUGGAACCCCACCAAUGGCAUCAGUGAACACAGGUUACAGUGAAGCUGUGGCAAAUUUCAAGAAAAAUCUUUUGGAGACAGUAAAAAGUGACACAAGAGAUGAAUUCUCAAAGAUUCCUGAGUUUCUUGAAUGGAUGAGAAGUCUCUGGAAAGCAGUGAAAUAUGAGAACUUCAUCUUUAGCUUCAGAAACACUCUUGUGGCUCAUGCUUAUGACAACUUGUGCAAAGAGUUCAAUCAGUGGGAAUGGGAUUUCAGAAAAGAGAUUCUCUCCUGGCAGACAGAAGCAGAGUUGGAAAUCUUGAAUGCUGACAAUGAAUCUCAGCUAGAAACCUGGAACAGACUGGUUGAAACAAGAAAAUCUGAGGUGUCAAAGAAAAUAAAAGACCAACAAACAAUCAUGAAGGAGAAACUCUCUGACUACUACAAAAGAAAAGACAGACACGUAAAUCUGAUAGAGAAAUACAGGAUUGACUUUUUCACCAGUACCAGCAGCCUUGCAAAUGAAAUCCGACAUUCAGUAAACAAUAAACUGGACUGUGCACUUGAGCUGAGAAAAAGUUCAAAAGAGGCUCAGGAUAUUCAGAGAAGAUACAGAGGUGUGAUUGAAGAGCACGUCAUGAAGCUUCUGGAUGACUGCAAAGAGUCCACACUGUCUGAUGAACAGCUGAUGCAUGAGUUUGAAAUGAUGUGGGCAGAGGUCACUGUAAACGUGAAUGGCCUGAAAGAACAAAAUAUACCUGCAUGCAUUGUUGACCAGUUGAGAAAACAUUUCUUAAAUCGAAAUGUCAAUGAGGAACUGCAGAAGAUUGGAAACCUAAGCAAAAUUGCAGAGGUUCCAUUUGAGACUAAAACUGAACAUAUUAAAACAAAAAUAAAAUUCCUUCCGUUCAUCAGAAAAGAAAAAAAGAGACAAUUGCAGAGAAUUGCAGACGAAGUCAUUGAGCCAUGCACAAGGAUUGUACUUGAUACUACAAAAACAGACAGGGAUUACAAUGAUUGUUACAUAAAGGAUCUUCUAGAAAAAAUAGAUGACUCCCUUAAACAAUACCACAACCAUUACAAGCUCAAGUUUGAGAUAGACCUGAAACUUUACAUUUGUGGCAUUGCCUCAAAAGAGUUCCUUCACAUGCACAGGAAAUUCUUGUUACAAAGGGAUCCCAAAAUUCAGCUGGAGAAGCACAAAACUCAGUACCUGCCAGAUUUUAUGGAUUUAUACAAACAGCAAGAUCAUUGCCAACGCAAAGCAUCUGAUUUUGUUAAGGUGUGUAUCAAACCUGCUGUGGAAGAGUACAUCAGUAGGUGUCUGGGAAUAAACAUUGUGGAUGAAAUUUUAACAAGUAGUCAUUCAGCAGAGUACAGCUCACGUUCAUUUUUCCAGUACAACAUUCUGAAAGAGUUGCUGCAAAAGGAAGAUUUUGAGAGUUUUGUCAAGUGCAUUUGUAACUAUGAAAUAUAUGUUAAGGAUUGGAUAUUUCAACACAUUCUGCAAAAGGUGUCAGAGGAUGACACUUUGUGCAAACUGAAGAACAACAAUCUGCAGGUCAUAGUCGACAAAAUAAAACAAGCAAUACAGCAAGCCUCAAAAGAAGAAGGUGGUGUUCUGCUGCCAGAUAACAAGGAAAGCAUCACUGAACUCAUCAACAACAUGCGCAAAUAUUUGAUUAAAGACAUCUCAAUUUCAGUGGAGGCUGAAAAAACCACUCUGUUUCAAAUCCAAAGCACAUGCCAUCCAUUUAUCAACAGCCUCAAGAUCUCUAUAGAAGACUUAAAAGACCAGCUUCGUAAGGAAUUCUCAAAUUCUGGCAACAUCACUGAGACUCUGAAGAAGCUUCCUGUCAAACCACAGGAUGAGCUUUUCAAGCAGGUGUUUGGUUGUGGACACCAGUGUCCAUUUUGUAAAGUUCCCUGUGAGGCUGGAGGCAAAGAACACAGGCAACAUCAUGCAGCUGUGCAUCGGCCACAAGGUCUUGGAGAGUAUAGGAAUAUAGACACCAAGAAGCUUGUUGCAACACUGUGUACAAGUGAUGUGCACAGUGAACAUAGAUUCAAAAACACAGACACCAACUGGGAGCCUCAUCCUUACAAGGACUACAUGACAUACUACCCAGACUGGCACAUUCCUCCAGACCCCACCAUAGAGGCAUCUGACUACUGGAAGUAUGUCCUGGUGCAAUACAAUGACAGAUUUGCUCAAAAAUAUGAAGCCAAGCCAGCUGAUGUUCCAGAGGCCUGGAGGAAAAUCACAAAGGAACAAGCACUGAACGGUUUGAAAGAUGCUUUCAACAUAAAGUGAACAAUGCACAAUCCUGACAAAACAGCAUUUAAACAUCCAAGAAUUUUUCAUAUACAAAUAUAAACCUCGGAGAAGACCAAAAGAAUACAGGAACUGAAUGCGAUAGUGCAUUCUGCUGAACAAUCAAGCAAAUGAAAUAAAGAUCGACAAUGUUAAAAAAAUAUUAUUAGUUCACCAUGAUGAAGAACAACUCAAAUCUUUAGAAAUCAGUGUAUGAAAUGAUUGUUUUUUUUGUUUUCUUUUUUUGUUUGUUUGUUUUUUUUUAUUAUUAUUAUUUACUGUUUUGUUUAUGGAACUAACUUUGUGGUUCAAUUACAAGAAAGGACUAAAACAGCUUGCAACAGCGAAAAUUGCAGCCUCCUUUAGUCUGCUGAACAUGAUGAAUUACAAAUGAUGAGUUGAAAAGCUGGAAAUAGUUGUGUUCGACAUUUUUCAAUUGUCUGGAGUCCCUCCAGCAUAAUGACUGGUGAGCGUGAUAAUCACAUUGACAAUGAUAAUCAUAAAGUAAAUCAUAAUAUACUAAAAAGAUCAUGUAAAAAAGAGAUCAUAUUUUGUUUAGUUUUUUUUCUUUUUACAAUCUUUUUACAAUUACAACUUUCUUUUUUUUUUUUUUUCAAGUUGCUAUAUGACUGUGUUUAUAAUGACUGGUGUGCAACAAUUAUGACACUGACAAUGAAAAUUCUAUUAUUGUGUUUCAAGUACCACAUGAAAAAAAGAGAAGGUGUUUUGUACUAUUUCUCUUUUAUUUUUUAUGAUUACAACUUUUGUUCUUAUUCUUCUUUGUUAAUAUCUUUUAUGGCUAGGUGUGCAUGAUAAUGCUGAUAAUGAAGAUUUACUACAGAGACCAUGUGAAAAAAAAGAUGUUUUGUAGUGGAUAUGCCAGAUUGUUUUAUCUUUCUUGUUUUUUUAUUCUUUUAAGUAAAUAUGUUUAUCAAACUAUUGACUAUUGUGCGUAAAUGAAAAUGAUGUAGGCCCAUGAAAUGCAAUGACCGUCUGAUGAGAUAUUUUGUAAUAUGUUUUACUAUUUACUGCUUUACUACUAUUUUUUUAUUACUUUUUUAUCUUAUAUUUGCCUGUUAUUAAAUGAGAGUAAUUAUUGUGUGCUUGCAGAGUAAAGUUGAAAUGUAUACAUGUUGAUGCACACACUGUGGCAUCCUUUCACGUGUUGUUAAUGAUAAACAUGUGAUUUUCAUUCUUUUAGACAGACCAUGUGUCUAAUAGAUAAGAAAGUAAAAAGUUUUGUUAUAUUUGACCUAUUGUUUUUUUGUUCUUACAAAAUUUUUGAUACACAUUCUUGCUACACAGUUCUGUAUAUACUGAUAAGUACUAAAGACGGUGAUGCUGCUGAUGAUUAUAAUGUUGAGGUACACAGGCCAUGUCAGACAGAACAUUUUUACUGUUUUAUUUGUAAUUGGUACAUGCAAAACAUUUUAUCUUGUAAUGUGUAUUUGAUAAACGUCAGUGAAUAAGGAAUGUAUAUGUUGCUGUAACUGACUUUUUUGCUCAUGUGGACUAAUUAAUCCAACAGCAGGGAAUACUGUGACAUCUGACUGACAACUAAUUUUUUCAGACUGAUGAAUUAAACAAGUUACAAAGACACUGAAAAGCUGUUCUUAACAAUUUCUGUUUGACUUUUGCAGAUUUUUUCCCUAUUUUCUAGAUGAUAUAUAUUACAGCGAUGUGCAUAAUGAUGAGUGGUGAUUAUGAUGUUGACAAAAAUCAUGUGAAAAAAUAUUUUGUGACAUUUUCAAAUGACAAUGUGAAAUUUGACCUAUACG